AUGAAGGUCCCUAUGCCCCUGCGUGCAGCCUUGACGAGCCCACCGUUCGAGGUUUCGGAGGCAGGAUGGGGAGAGUUCUACAUUACUGCGAGGAUCUUCCUUGUUGACGAGGCGCUGCCCCCUGUGGAGAUGGCCCACUUUCUUAAGCUCAAUCUCCCUGGCGCGUCUCAAAGCCCCUGUGUGGCCUCCGAGACAUACGAUGAGCUACUUAUCCACGAGCCGGCAGACUGGCUGUACGACAAACUGACGGCGGCCCCCGUCGGGGAGUCUCCUCCCCACCCCCUUAGCCCCUAUUUCUUGAAGCCGAAUGAAUCGGAACAGAAGCAGUUACAGCUCUAUGUGGGGCUUCAGGGGUACAUUCAGACAGAGAGUAUUGGAUUGAUGCAAGAUGCAUUCCUCCUCACGCUUCAGAUCCAAGAGCUACAACGGCAGCAUGAGGCAAUUAUUGCAGGGCGGACGGCGGCAGGGGUAUCUGCGGGUCCCCCUGCACUUGCCGCAGUCUCUGCUGCGCCAGAGGGAAAGCCGCUCCAAGGAGACGGCAAUGAGGAAGCUGCAGCGAGUGGCGUGUCGGGGGUGGCUGGUGCCUGCCCCCCCACCGCAACAGAUGCUUUUGCUGCUGCAUCUGGCCACCCCGUUUCCUCCGGCUUCCCUGUACCUCUGGCUGCUGCUCCACCCUCCACUCAGAUUUCUCAUGGAAAUAGGGUGCCAGGCCUUGCUGGGCCUGCAGGUACGUACGGCUCACCAAAGUCCCCGCACUUGAACGCAGCCGCUGACCAGCAACAGCAGCAGCUCCGCCAUCCAGCAAAGGCUCUACAGCAGCAGCCGCACGUCCCCCAAUCCCUGCAAACUCAGCAGCAACAACACAUUUUACAGCAGCAGCAGCUCGUGCAGCAACAACAAUUCGUGGAACAUCAACAUCAACAACAGGCGAUGCAGCAGCAGCAACGCCAAAUGCUGCAGCAGCAGCAGCAACAGCAACAGCAGCAUUACCUACAAAAGCAGCAGCACCCCUCUGCCUCCCCGCCACAGCAACAGCAGCAAGUGAUGCAACAGCCUAUGGGGCAAAUGCCGGUGGUCCCUGGCCCUCUUUGA